AAUGUUGUACGUAUACACUUACAAUUAUUCUCUAUAUUAUAGUAUAUAUCAAAAAUAAUUGGACGCUAAAUAUUAGUAUCCAGCGAAACAACAUGCAAAUUAUUAUUAAGUCAACUUGUCUAUCACGAUCAAUUGUCCAACUCAGUUUCCACUAACAAAAAAGGUGGACAAAAUAAUAUAAUUUAUUUUUCUUAAUUUGGCUAUAAAUUGGUAGCUUUCUUUGAUCAUUUUUCAGCUAUUGAGUGUAGGAAGCAAUAAUUCAUUGCAAAUUAAUCACAAGUCAAAAUGGCCAAAAUUGCAUUAGGAACAACCCGAGAGGCCACUCAGCCUGAUUGCAUCCAGGCUCUAAUUGUUGAAUUCAUUGCCACCUUUCUCUUUGUCUUUGCUGGUGUUGGUUCUGCAAUGACUGCUGAUAAGCUAAGUGGAGAUGCAUUAGUAGGAUUGUUUUUUGUUGCUAUAGCACAUGCUCUUGUGGUGGCUGUAAUGAUUUCCGCCGCACAUAUUUCUGGUGGCCAUUUGAAUCCUGCCGUGACCUUGGGUCUCCUCGUUGGCGGCCACAUCACCAUCUUUCGAUCUGUCCUAUAUUGGAUUGAUCAAUUAGUAGCAUCUGCAGCAGCUAGUUAUCUUCUUUAUUAUCUCACCGGUGGAUUGACAACUCCAGCUCAUACACUUGCAAGUGGAAUAGGGUACACUCAAGGAGUAGUUUGGGAGAUUGUGUUGACAUUCUCUUUGUUGUUCACUGUUUAUGCAACAAUGGUUGAUCCAAAGAAAGGAGCACUUGCUGGGCUUGGCCCAACUUUGGUUGGGUUUGUGGUUGGGGCUAACAUCUUGGCUGGUGGGGCUUUUUCAGCUGCUUCAAUGAACCCAGCAAGAUCUUUUGGGCCUGCAUUGGUUAGUGGAAAUUGGACUGAUCAUUGGGUUUAUUGGGUUGGGCCUCUUAUUGGUGGUGGGCUUGCUGGUUUUAUUUAUGAGAAUUUCUUCAUCAAUAGAGAUCAUGUUCCUUUAGUUGCAGAUGAAGAAAGCUAUUAAGAAUUAACAUUAAAUUUUUCUUUGGGAAUUUGCAUAAAAUUUGUGUUAUUGUUCUUUAAUAAGCCAACUAGUAUGUGUUUUAUUUUUGUGUUUGGUAGAGAGAUGAAAAAUAAAAUGAUUUCUAGUAUUAUAUUU